AUGUCGUCCUACGCCGAUAUCGCAGCCGAAAACGCACCCCCCAAGUCGCAGCAGCCUAAGCCCGACCCAGGCUUUCUAGAGGGCGGCAACUCUGGCGACGUGAACCACGCUGCACCGGACGUCAACUCGGGCAAGGUCAACGUCGUCCCCUCGGAUUCCGAUCUCGAGCACCUCAAGACGCAAUCCCAGGAAGCCUAUGACGAAGCUGUUGCCAAGGCGCGUGAGCAGCGCAAGCAGCUCGAAGCCGACGCCAAGAAGGCUUCGGACUCUGCUUCCAAGACGGCCCAGGACGCCAAAAAGGCUGGUCAGGAUCUCGCCAGCGAUGCCAAGAAGGCGGGCAAGGAUGCCGCCGACCAAGCCGAGAAGGUCGGCAAGGAUGCGCGUGCCGAAGCCGACAAGUUUGGCAAGAACGCCCGUGCCGAGGCCGAAAAGGCCAGCAAGAAGGCCGGAGAGUACUACGAGAAGGGCAAGAAGGAGCUGUCCAAGGAUGCCGAGGUGUUGAGGAAGAGGGGCGAGGAGGGCGCCAAGAAGCUCAAGAAGAAGGCGGGAGAAGCCGAGAAGGAGCUCGAGAGCUUCUGGAACUCGUUCAGCAACGAUCCCCAGCAGUGGGGGCCCACGCUCGCCGCCGUCAACGUGGCUCUGCUUGGCGGUCUGGGCAUCUACGCAUACACGCACAAGGAGCAGGUCCAGCGCACCGACCGUCGCCUUCUCAGUGCCAUCACCGUCGGCGUGCUCGGCCUGAUUGGAGGUCAGGGCUACUGGGCCAACGAGACGAUCAAGAAGCAGAACAGCUCGCUCUGA